UAACAACUUCCGGGUCAGUCCGUACAUGAGUAAAGUGACACUAGCAACGAACAGUGAACUCACAAGUUUUCCCCUUUAUUUGUAGUUAAUUCACCAACUAAGUUUGUCAUAUUAAUAUAUUAUCCGUAUGUUUUAAAAUGGUGCUUUACUUCACAAGUGCCGUGGUGGACCCUCCAUUCACGAUCUACAUGGGAAAAGAUAAAUAUGAAAAUGAGGAUCUCAUUAAAUAUGGUUGGCCCGAAGACAUCUGGUUUCAUGUUGACAAACUCUCUUCAGCUCAUGUUUAUCUAAGAAUGCCGAAGGGUAAAACCAUACAUGAUAUUCCUCCAGAGGUGCUGGUAGACUGCGCACAGCUGGUGAAGAACAACAGCAUCCAGGGCUGUAAGAUGAACAACAUCAACGUGGUUUACACGGCGUGGGCCAACCUGAAGAAAACAGGAGACAUGGAUGUUGGACAAAUCGGCUUUCACAAACAGAAAGAGGUGAAGAUUGUUGGUGUGGAGAAGAAGAUCAAUGAAAUCGUAAAUCGUCUGGAGAAGACAAAAGAAGAGCGCUUUCCGGAUCUGGCAGCAGAGAAGGAAGCGAGGGAUCAGGAGGAGAGAAAUGAGAAGAAAGCUCAACUCCAGGAGCAGAAAAGGAGGGAGAAAGAAGAGCAGAAGAAGAAAAAAGAAAUGGAAGAGCUCAGGAAUUACACAUCACUGAUGAAGAGUGAAAACAUGAAAACUAACGAGGAUGGCUAUGACUCGGACGACUUCAUGUGACGCCUGAAAAUAUGACGGGAAGCUCCCCUGCUGCCUUCGCUUUACAGACUUUGAAUGAACGAAAAUAAAAAAAUAAACAAGUUCAUUCUGCGUUAGAACACUCGGAGCAGAAAUGACUCAGUUCUCACGACUCAGGAGCCGUUUUCAGACUUAAGGGACAACGGGAGUCAUCUGGGGUGGAGAAAACCCAGACAGCAGAUUCAGUUUUUACAGCUAUACUAAUGAUGGCGUCUUUGCUUUCAGUCACUCACUCCUACAACAUUUUGUUGGAGCUGCUCUUGCUUCCUUUCUCAAUAUGCCAAUUUUGUCUGCAUGUCAGAUUUUAAUAAACAGAAUUCGUUGUAUAAAUUGAAAA